AUGGCCCCGAAACAGGAGAAACACAUGUUACUACACGUGUUAUGGGAACCUAUGGCUAUGCAGCCCCAGAGACAUUUGACUACAAAAAGUGACAUCUACGGUUAUGGAAUUGUGUUGUUGGUAAGUAUAACAGGCCGAAAGGCAAUGGAUGUCAGACGACCUGAAGGGCAGCAGAGCUUGGUGGAUUGGGCAAGUUCAAUCCAAUCAAAUAGAAAAAACUUGAAGGAAAUAAUGGAUCCACGUCUUGAACAUAACUACUCCGUACAAGGUGCUUUCGAAUGUGUUGCAUUGGCAUUAAGAUGCGUUGCAAACAAACCCAAAGAUAGACCUUCAAGUGAAGAAAUUUUGCAGAGUUUGGAACAAAUUUAUGCUCUUUACAAGUAA